CUUAUAAGGAAGGAACGAGGCCGGAAUUCUCAAGGUGACCGUUGGCUGCCACUUUGGCAGCAUUAUUGCUGAGCACUGCACAGCACCCUGCAGGGCUUGGAGGGGCGCCUGGUGGCACGAGCAUCAUGCAGUACCUCUGGAAAAGCUAGCUCUCAAGUUCGUAAUGUUGUUCAGGGCAAGAAAUUAGGAAAAUGCGGCUCUUGUGCCCUAUGACUCUGAGCUGAGAAUGCAUUGCUAAGAAUUGGAAAGAAGUGUUUUCCGCUUUUGUUCAGCAGAAUGUUGUACCCAACGUGCCUUCCAGACUUUGUCCCGAUAAGUCCACAGGGAGGCCCCUCUCGGGUUGAGGGAGCUUGAGCUCCUCCUUCCUUUGAUCAACCUGGCUGUGCUUGACAAUCAGAAGGCCCAAUGCCCCCUUCCUGAGGUCCCCACAGCAGCUUCCUCAUCAGCAACAAGACAAUGUGCAUGCGUCAAAUCGUUACUUCUAACGUGACACUGAUGAUACAGUCAGUGCUGCAAGGAACUACUUAGCUGGGCUGACUGCAGAAGACACUGAACGCGUGUGUGUUCUUUGGGUAAUUGUGGUUUUAAAGCCUGCAUUGCAUCUGGGCCAGCUCGGAGAUGGAUCAAGAAGCCAGAUGGCGGGCGGGCUGGAGGCCCCAUGAGGAGUUUGUGAACAUUCCCCUGAGGACUGACUGGCUGAGUGAGCUGCGGCGGCAGCAUCCUUGGAAGGGGGAUGGGCUUGUGGUUGUCAGCAUGUUUGAUGGAAUGGGGGGCUGCUGGCAGGCCCUGAAAGCCCUCGGCAUCCCCGUGAAGAAAGGCUACAGCUGCGAGAUCAAAGAGUUCGCCAACGCAGUGGUCAAAGAGCGCUUCCCCGAUGUCAUCCAUCUUGGCAGCGUGACUGCGGUAACUCAAGACAUGAUCCCCGAACCGGUGGACUUGAUUGUUGCUGGCUUCCCGUGCCAAGAUCUCAGCAGCAUGGGCAACCAGAGAGGGUUGCAUGGGGCUCGCAGCGGGCUGUUCUUCCACAUCCCGCGCUUCAUCUCCAUGUUUAAGGCCAAGUGGUUUCUUGUAGAAAACGUCAAGUGCCGGUGGCAAGACCAGGCAGAAAUCACCAAGUACCUGCUCAACGUGCUGCCUCUGGAGCUGGACGCGGAAGAGCUGUCCCCGCAAUCGCGCGUACGCAACUACUGGACCAACCUGCCGCUGCCACCAAACCUGCCGGGCAUCCGGGACGCGCCCGAGACGUCAGUGCAGCAUUUCCUCGAGAAUGCGAUUGCGCCAUUCGUCAAGACAGGAACGGUCAUGACAACCAACAACGACGCCAACACGAGCAACUGCGCUCUGAAGAGCAUCUACGACCUGGCAUCCGGGGGCGCUCGCUACCUGGAAGUAGAGGAGAUUGAAGCCAUGAUGGGCUACUCCGCCGGCUACUCAAAAAUCCCGUACAACAAGCACGGCUGCAUACUCCCGUUCUCCAGCUCGAAGAAGCAGUCCGGGCGCCGGCGUUGCUCGCAGGGGGGUGCCAGCGAGGGGGCGAACGGGGGGGGUGCGGAGGGGCCGCCUCAGAAACGGCUAAAGUUUGAGGAGGGGGGGGCGAGCGGCACAGAGGCGGGGGCGGAAAAGGAGGCAGAAUGCGACGGGGCGCAGGUGGGCAAAGAAGAACCGACAGGGGACGAACUAGGGAAGGGAAUAAUCGCGUUGAGCAGCGACGAGGACGAUGUCGUGUUCCAAGGGGAGGCGGCUGCGGUUGAGGAAGGGGAAGACCUACCGGGGGGACAUUCCGCAGAGGGGGAUGUGGGGGCGAACGAACCCCCCGGAAAAAGUGCCCUCCCGCUCACUUGGCUCGGGAUGGGGGCGCAAGGGGGCCCUGACGAGGCCGGGAGUUCGGGUCUGAGCAACGAGGAGAAGAGUGUGGGGGGUGGAGAGAAGUCACCCGGAUAUGGGCUGAGGGCGCGCAAGCCCGUCAACUAUGCUGCGGAACAUGUCGAGAUCGAUGACGUCAGCCCGGGACGAAGGCCGACGCCAAAGAGACGGUCCCAAAGCACUCCCCGCCGCAAGUUGCUUUCUCCUGGCUCAAGUGGGGAGGCCCUGUUUGCCACCAAGGAUCUCCGCUGGGAGCUGCUGGGGAACAGCUUUGUGGUCCCGUGCAUUGCAUACAUGCUGUCGCAGCUCCUGAGCCCCCAGCUGCGCGCGCGGGCCCAGCGCAUCAUGGCAAUCCCAACGCCGGACGUAAAGGACGCGUGCCUCUUCAAGGAAGGCGAGGUAUGGGCGCUUUACAACGAGGACAUGGCGCCGAACUGGUACGCAUGCGUGACCCACGUCGACGUUACCCAGCCUGACUGGGACGGCCGCAAGAAGCUCCCCACCCAGUUCGGCGUGCACUACCGCUUCUAUGAGUAUCUCCCCAGCAGCGAGAACCCGAAGUCCCCCAUACAAGGGGUGGGCAUUCUGAAGCUGGCAUGCGAGGAUUACACCAGCGUCGACAAGGCCUUUUCACACCGGGUGAAUCCUGCGCACCUGGAGGGGGGGCGCAUCCUGGUGUACCCGCGGGGGGGGGAAGUGUGGGUGGUCAAGGACAGGCUGAGGAAGUUUGGGAGGUUCAAGCUGCACGUGUACAUUGUGAAGAGCACGGCCGACCCUUUGACGGGCCAGUUUGAGUGCACCAUCAGGAUCCUCGUAUCGCAGCCCAGGUCCACGUCAAAGACGCCCAUCUACAGGAUGGCGGGCGGGGAGCGCGUCCUGAGCGGCGGCCGCACCGUGUUUUCGUACCAGGUGCCGUACUUUUUCAAGAACGAGGCGGGGCUGUUUUACGUGGAGCCGCAGUACGACCAGACGGUGGCCAUGAGGCGGCGGCGCCUCCUCGAGUGGGACGACGACGAGGAUGACGUGGCAGCCGAGGAGGAGGAACUAGGGCGGGGGGAAGAGGUGCUGGAGCCGGAGGCGGAGUAUCCGGCAAGCUUCCCGGAGACCGAGUCAGCGCAGAAGCUCCCAACACUCGCCGAGUAUGCACCCACCUCGCAAGCGCUUCAACUUGUUGCCCCUGACGCAAAACUCCCACAACUGAACGCCUUGGAGGACCAGAACGGCGGACCUGCGCAAAGUUCGGCACAGGCCCCUGCUAUCGAACAGGCCCUGGCAAGUCGAAAGGGUAAGGAGAAGAUUGACGUCAGCGAUAGCAAGGCGCAGGCUGAUGACGUGGCAGGCGUUCUACCGUCCGAGGGGCGUGGCCUCCUGGAAGAACGAACCGUUUUGAAAUGCCGCGACAUCCACGUGCUUAUGGAUCUGCUCCCACGACUUUGACUCCCUCUGAUUUGAACAACGUACUGCUCGGGGGUCUCUGCGGUCGUUGAUGGCAAGCCAUAUUUAACAUGAGCAGACGAUGACUGACUAGAAGCUAGAGCGAUCAAGAAUGCAGAUUGCUAGACGUUAGCCCACCUUAGAUGUGACAGUAGAAGAUCCGGCCACGUGCAAUGAGUUUGGGAAAGCAGUGAGGUCUAGAAUUGUUCUUUGACUCCAAUCACAACCGACUUACGGCAAACAUGAAGAUGACAGAUGACGGACCUUUAUUUCAGGUUUAGCUUGAGCUGUCUCAGUCUAUUCGAUGCCGAGAUCAAAAAAGUUGUAUG